CGGCUUACCUUCAGCUCAAGCUUAGCGUCCAGAAGAAAGCAAAAAGCAGAGCAAAUGUGGAGAGACACAGAAAGAAAAAAAGAAGCAGACAGGGAAUUGACACAGACAACAGCAACAACAAAGAGUAUGAGUGGUGCUCCUGUUAAAAGAUCGCAUGAAGAGGGUGGUCAUUCUUCUUCUUUGAAAUUCCCUCCUCAUGAAGAUACAGGUUCGUAUCCUAAGCUGACAUCAGGGGUUUCAAAUGAGUACCAUCUACCAUAUGAGAUGGGUCCAGAUGCUAGGGUGGCUAAGAUUCCCAGAACUGAGUCUCGAGACGUAGAUAGAAGAUCACCUUUGCAUUCGAUGUAUCGAAUCCCACCAUCUUCAAAUGAAUCACACAUGGAUUCUCGUUUGAAUGUUGCUCCUGAAAGAAGGCCUGAAUCAAGGGAUUCCAAGGACUGCAGAGACUUCCGGAUUGAAAACCGUGAGCCAAGGACUGAUGCAAGAGAGAUGUACGGCGAGGCAAAGAGGAAUUCACAAAGUGUUAAAAAUGAAAAGGAUGUGAGGUUUGAGAGUAGAGGGGAUGACAAUAAAGAAGUAAAGCAUGACAGAGAAGCUCGUAUUGAGCCGAAGAAUGACAUGAAGAUAGAAAAGGAUGGUUUUGGUCCUGCAAGUAGUCAGGUGAAUUGGAAGGAACCAAAAGAAUACCAUAGGGGAAAGAGAUGUUUGGAAUCUGCAGGUGUACAUGUGGAUCCUUGGCAUAUAUCACGUGGAAAUUCCCAAGGCCCUGUUGAGAUUGAAAAGGAAGUCGUUAGUAUUGAGGAGAGGGAUCAUGCCAAAGUUCAUGAGGCAGUUGGAGAAAAUAAAGUUGAAUUGAAAGGUGAGGAUAGAUUUGAAGACAAGGAUAGGAAGAGGAAAGAUUUGAAGCUCCGGGAAUGGGGAGACAGAGAUAAGGAAAGAAGUGAACGAAGGGGAAGUAUGCAAGUAGGCAACAGUAUUGCUGAGGGAAAAGAGUUGGUGAAGGAAGAGAGAGAAGGAGAGAGGUGGGAGUGGGAGAGGAAGGAUCUGUCAAAAGACAGGGAAAGGUUAAAAGAGAGGGAGAAGGACCACAUGAAAAGAGAAUCAGGAACUGGAGCUGAAAAGGAGGGUUUGCACAGUGAAAAGGAGUCUGUGGAUGGAUCUGUCAGAAUUUCAGAACAGGAAAAUCCAGCUUUGGAGCCAAAGAAACAGAAAGAUUUUGAUAUCUGGAAAAAUGUCGAUAAAGAAGCUAAAGAUAAAAAGAAAGAAAGAGAAGCUGAUAUAGAAGGAGAUAGACCUGAGAAGGGCAGCACGAUGUGCGGGAAAGAAUCUGAUGAUGGAUGUGCAGAUGGUGAAAUUGCAACUGAAAGGGAAAGAGGAGUUUUUAACUAUGGAGUCGAGCAGCGCAAGAGGAUGCUUCGGCCUAGGGGCAGCCCCCAAGUGGUAAAUUGUGAACCCCGUUUUAGUUCCCAUACUCAGGACUGUGAGGGGUAUGUUCUUCAAUUCUUAAUUGCUGUUUUAAUUGGAAAUGUCGAGUUCACAAGUUACUUGAUUUCCUUUAUAUGGCUAUUGAAUUUACCUUCUGGUGCUCCAGGCAAAUCUGAGGUAUCCUCUGUCAUUUAUAAAGUUAGUGAAUGCAUGCAAGAGCUGAUAAAGUUAUGGAAGGAGUAUGAAGCAUCUCAAUCUGAUAAAAAUAGUGAAAGCAGCCAUAAGGGCCCCACUCUUGAAAUUCAAAUACCAGCAGAACAUAUUACUGCUACAAAUCGCCAAGUAAGAGGUGGACAAUUAUGGGGGACAGAUAUAUACACAAAUGACUCUGAUCUUGUCGCUGUUCUCAUGCAUACAGGCUACUUCUGUCCCACUGCUUCUCCUCCUCCACCUGCCAUCCAAGAGUUAUGUGCUACUAUCAGAGUGUUGCCUCCACAAGAUAGCUACAUUUCUAUGCUGAGAAAUAAUGUUCGUUCACGUGCCUGGGGAGCUGGAAUUGGUUGUAGCUACCGUGUUGAGCGUUGCUGCAUCGUGAAGAAAGGAGGUGGAACCAUUGAUCUUGAGCCCUGUCUUACACAUACAUCAGCAGUGGAACCUACUCUUGCUCCUGUAGCUGUUGAACGGACAAUGACUACCCGUGCUGCAGCUUCGAAUGCAUUGCGGCAACAGAGAUUUGUACGUGAAGUUACAAUACAGUACAACCUUUGCAAUGAGCCCUGGAUAAAAUACAGCAUUAGUAUUGUUGCUGACAAAGGUCUGAAAAAGCCUCUCUAUACUUCUGCACGUUUGAAAAAGGGAGAAGUUCUAUAUUUAGAAACACAUUCAUGCAGGUACGAGCUCUGUUUUACAGGAGAGAAAAUGGUGAAAGUGACACAGGCUUCUCAGGUGCAUGAAGAGACAAAUAAGAUCCAUAAUCACCACCCACAUUCCUCAAACGGUGAGAAGCACGACUUUGAUAAUGUUCUUAUUGAUGUAUUCCGGUGGUCUCGCUGUAAGAAACCACUACCGCAGAAGGUCAUGCAGUCAGUUGGGAUCCCAUUGCCCCUGGAACAUGUUGAGGUAUUGGAGGAGAAUCUUGACUGGGAGGAUGUGCAAUGGUCACAAACUGGUGUUUGGAUAGAUGGAAAAGAAUUCACACUUGCUAGGGUGCGCUUUCUAUCUCCAAGUUAGCUAUGGCUUCUUGUGUAUCUACAAACAGUUGUGUAACAAUUUGAUGUAUGCAGGAAUAAUAUUUGGUUUGUAAUGGUUUUAUUUCUUAAAUAAAUCAAAGAAUUGAAGUUAA